AUGGAUCCCAACUCUCAGCACAACACCGAUCCAAACAUGAAGUCUGGAUUCGCGGUGGACUCGUCUUCCGGCAUGCCAACGAACAAAUGGGGCUCUCCCUUCUAUGAGUUCUGGGAUCCUGUUGAUACUACUAUGUCUGGUUUCAGCUACUUCAACGGCGACUGCUGUCUUUGGCUUUGCCUUGCAUACUGUGGAUGCUUUGGUAUUUUCCAGGGCCUCAAGCGUAUUGAAACCCGAAAGCAAUACGGAAUCGAAGGCAAUGAAGUUCUCGACUUUGCUGGAUCCUGCUGUCUUCCAUGUUGCAUGCUCGUCCAGGAAGAUAAGGAGAUCACCCGCCGUACCGAGGCAGCUGGCUACCAACGAACCUCCCCAAUGUCCUACCCUUAA